AUGUUCUCCUCCAGACUCAGCUCUUUCAGAUUUCCCAGCUCCCCGAUGGAGGCGGGGAUUCCUCCCGUGAAGAGAUUCCUGCCCAUGCGGAGCAUGCUGAGCCCGACGAGGCUCCCAGUUCCCUCGGGAAUCCUCCCGCCAAUUUGAUUCUCUUCGAUACGCAGAAUCUCCAGCUUUCUCGAGAGGUUGGCGAUGGCGGGGGGGAGAACUCCUCCCAGGCUGUUGUUCUUAAUCUCCAGCUUUGUUAAGUUGCUGCAGUUUGUCAGAGAGCUGAUGAAGCUCCAGUCCUCUUCUGCCCGAGCCUGGAAGCGGUUGUCGGAGAGGUCUAG